UGCGACCUCGGGAGUCGGGAGUGGCACACCAAUCGCAGCAAUUCCUCCUCCAAUUACAACCCGACUCCUCCUCUACCCCCAUAAAUCCUCGUCCAUCGCCGCCCCUCGGCCAACCCCCUUCCCAAAAGCCCUCUCAGCUCCCACACCCGAAACCCCGACGCAAGCGCCCAAUCCAGGCACCACGGGCGGCUCUCCGUCUUCGUCGGCCGGCAACGGCAAGGGCAUGCACCCCGUCGUCCCCGUGAACUUGUUCAAGGGGGACGCGAGCAUGACGGGGGAUCCGGUCCUGGAUGGCCUCGUGGAGGUGUUCCCGGAGGUUAACUUUUCAACACUGAUAGAAGUCGCCAUUUCAUUCAAGGGCGACAUUGAUGCUGCUGCAGAUUAUGUUAUCCAUAAUGUCCUCCAAAAUAUUAUCCCAGAUGACAAUAAUACAAACACAAAUGAAGAUUUAUACAUUCAUGGGCAAUAUCAGGUAUCUGGUGAUACAGACACAAAUAUAGUAAAUACUCCAGUGGGUAAUGACAGCCUUUCAGAAUCUGUACAGAUUGACACAACCAAUGAAUAUUCAGAUGAAAAUAGAGAAAGCACAGAACAACUGAUGCAAUUACCUGCUACAGCAUCGACAUCUGGUCAGGCCGGUCUACCUGAAGAAAGUAACACUGACUCUUUGGUUGCUAGUGCAGAGAACUCAGUUGUUGAUCAUGAAGUAACUCAUCCUCAAAACCAGCAGAAAGAAAUGAAUUUUUCUGACCACCUUAUUGGAGGUCAAGGUAAUGAAGAAAUAGAAUGCUCAUUUUCUGAGAUAAAACAGGGAUUGCCAAUUCCUGAAAAUAAAUUGAAGCUUAACCAUGAUGGUUUACCUGAUAUGAACAUGGGAUCAAGCUAUUCCUUUAGCCCCGAGUCCCUCGAUGAUGCAAUAUCCACUGAAAAUUACAAGAAGAAUACAUUGCUGUCAAAUGUUGCGGCAAUAAGUGAAAUGCUAGAGGAGGUUGAGCUUAGUGAAGCAGAAACAAAACACAUUGUAUCCGAAGCAAGCCAAGCUGGCAGUGAUAUUCUUGUAAAGGUGGCAAAGCUAAAAGCAUUGUCAACGCUUGCAGCGGAAGAGAACAAUGAGGUUGCAGCAGAGGUUCUUGCUGAAAAAUCUAUUCUAGCAUCAGAAGCGAAGGGGCUCCAGUUUCGGUUGUCCACCAUAUCUGAAGAACGAAACCGCUUCGUGUUUAUCAUUGACGAGAUGCACCAAACUCUUCAAAGAAGAUUUGAUUUAGCAGAAGCAGAUCGAGCAGCUGCUGAGGCAGAAAUAAUUGGAAGGGAGACAAUGACUCAACAGAUGCUAAAAGAACAGGAAGUCCUACUUGAUGCUGCAAAGGAAGAGUCCAAGAAGCUGAAGCAACAAGCACAGGAGAAUGCAAAGCUGAGGGAGCUACUGAUGGACAGAGGCCAUGUUGUGGAUGCACUGCAUGGGGAAAUGCUGGGAAUCUUCAACAACAUUGCACAGCUCCAGUACAGAGUCGAUAUGGGACUUCCUGUUGAAGAACCCCAGAAGCUAGCUUCAUCUAGCAUGUCCAGCUCAGUCGACUCAGCAACCUUUUACACUUACCAAUGUCCUGUCGAAGAACCAGCUCAACUUGCUUCGUCGAACUUGCCCAGCCCAGUCAAACCAGCACCUUCCAAACUAGCAUAUGUAGAUGAACCACUGGAACGAUCUUCAUUGAGCUUGGCCGGCUCAGUCGAUUCAGCACCUUCCAAACUGAUUUUUGUUGGUGGAUCACUGCCAAUCUUGUCGAGCUCUGUCAAGUCAGCAGCUUCCGAGAGCAGCUGGUCUUCUGCCACAGAGUCAAAUUCAAAUUUCAAUGGUGACGAGGAGAUUGAUGAUCUAGACGACAGCUGGGAUGUAGUUGAAGAAGACGAAAAAUGCCUUUGCUAGGCUUCGUAACGUAGUACUUGUUCAGUUGUUCUAAUCCAUGGUUGAUUUGUUUCAGAAGAGGAAUUUAGCAGUUGUCCUUACGACGGGAACUUGUUCCUGAUUCAUGUAUUUUUUUGGAGUAUGAUGAGUUGAUGACGAUGUAGGGUUAGCUAUUAGUCGAUAAGGUUGGAAAUUUUGUUUUUGUUUGAGUACAGCACUAUUCUUCUGGAGAUAUAAAUAUGUGGAACAAUACUUUUUGAUUUGACAUU